AUGACACAAAUCACCCACAAAACCGUGCUAACAUCAUGCAUCUAUAUCCUCCUCGGUUGCCGAGGCAUCCACGCCGGCGUCAGUGACUCGCAGAUGCAAUACGCAGGCUCCAAGUCCGACUCUGACUCCAUUCCCUCAGACUCAACCGAAGACCUAACGCCAUGGCCAACCCAGCGCGUCCCCGGCAUGAAUCUGGACGAGAUCAUCUCCUACGAGAACGGCCACAACUUCAACCUCCGCCCGUCCAGAUCCGUUGCCCUCGCCAACCGCCAACCCAAAGAGACCCUCGUUACCGUCACGGGCACUGCCAACACCAACACCAACAGCUCCUCCGUCGCCAACAUACCCCCCGACACGACCCCGCCGCCCGACCUCAGCGAAGCCCCCAACUCACUAGACCACGCCGUCGACAAGCGCAAGGCCAGCACGCGUCCAGACCCGCUCUACAAACACCCGGACCCCAACGGGCCGGACGGCAUGCCCAACUACGUAGCCUGGUUCGACCGCGGCUGCAACUUCGGCAACCUCCCCAACUGGACCUGGAAGCGGUCCUCGGACGACAACUCGACUAACUCGCGCCCUCCUAACGGCGGCGGCGGCGCCGGCGACGGCGCCCAGGACAUCAUCGACCGCUACCUCCCGUACUUCCGCCUGAACAACAAGAUCAACAAAAAGCUCCUGCAGGACCGGGCCGCCGAAACCCGCAGCGACAAACUCCCCUACGGCGCCGUGCGCGCCUCGGGCUCCAUCACCGUCUACACGGACCUCGACGCCUUCAAGCAGAUGGUCUACACGGUGCACAACGGCGCCACCGACACGCAGUGCGGCGGCGGCACCCCGCCGGUCUUCAGCGCCACCACCAAAGCUGGCGCCGCGGCGGCCAAGCCGAGUGACAAGGGGAGUAAGACGGGGGAUAAAAAGGACGCUAAAAAUAAGAACGCGAAUGGGAAUGCGCGGUUUGGGUUGGCGGGCGCGGAUGCGAAGGUGGGGAAAAGGAGGGAGGGGGAGGAUCCGGGGGAUUGGGCGAGUGAGUGGUAUGACUAUGGCGAUGAGGCUGAUGAAGACGAUGAGGUGGAGGAGCAUGGGUAUGAGGAUGAGACAAAGCCGGCGAGUGCGGAUGCGGCGGACGUUACUGCCACUGCCACUGCAGCAAAUGCUGCCGCUGCCGCUGCUGUCACGGAGGCGGUGCAGCAGCAGCAGCAGCAGCAGCAGCAACAGGAGGAGGAGAAGAAGAACAGCAGAAGGGGUCAGGAGGAGAUCAUGCAACUCUAUGGACCCGACGGCAAGCCUUUGCCGUAUGAUCCAGACUUGUUCGCCGCGUUUCUGACCGCGACGGGGACGAUUUGGGUGAAUUGA